GUUAGGCAAAUUACAACGUAGUUUCAAACCCUUACAUACUUGCAGCAUUGUAGCCGCCGCCGCUUUCUGGCCAUAAUGGCACAAGGCUCUUGCGCUGAUUGCCCCGAAUCCGUUCGAAAUGUGCGCGGCUUACUGUAUAGGAGGUUUAGGGUAACAAUGGUAUCAGGACGCGUAUUGGAGGGGGACUUCACAUGCUUGGACAAACAGGGGAAUAUUGUCCUCAGCAACACAUAUGAGCAGGCGACGACUGCCUCAGGCGCUCGGGAAGAGCGCCACAUGGGUCUGGUGCUUGUGCCUUUCGAUCAGCAGGCCAAAGUCGAGCUGCAGACAACCCUAGACGAGGAGGUGUCCUUGCUAAAAAUAAUGGACGAGCGCCAACCGGCGCAAGCACAAAAGGUGGC